UCCUAGCGAAAUGCCAACCCGCCAAACAUGUCGGCAAGCCUGCGCACGCGCCAGGUAGCGGACAAGUUAUCUCGCAUCUCUGGUCCACUCACAACUCCCACUAGCAAAGAUGGCAUUCGCUCUGGCCUCCUCCCGCAAGGCGCUGCAGGUCACCUGCAAGGCGACCGGCAAGAAGACCGCUGCCAAGGCCGCUGCCCCCAAGGGCGCUGGUAUCGAGUUCUAUGGCCCCAACCGCGCCAAGUGGCUGGGCCCCUACUCUGAGAACUCGACCCCCGCCUACCUGACUGGCGAGUUCCCCGGCGACUACGGCUGGGACACUGCCGGUCUGUCGGCUGACCCGGAGACCUUCAAGCGCUACCGCGAGCUGGAGCUGAUCCACGCCCGCUGGGCUAUGCUGGGCGCCCUGGGCAUUGUUACUCCCGAGCUGCUGCAGAAGAACGGUGUCCAGUUCGGCGAGGCCGUGUGGUUCAAGGCCGGCGCCCAGAUCUUUCAGGAGGGCGGUCUGAACUACCUGGGCAACCCCUCCCUGAUCCACGCCCAGAACAUCGUCGCCACCCUGGCCGUGCAGGUCGUCCUGCUGGGCCUGGUCGAGGGCUACCGCGUUAACGGCGGCCCCGCUGGCGAGGGCCUGGACCCCCUGUACCCCGGCGAGUCGUUCGACCCCCUGGGCCUGGCUGACGACCCCGACACCUUCGCUGAGCUGAAGGUGAAGGAGAUCAAGAACGGCCGCCUGGCCAUGUUCUCGUCCUUCGGCUUCUUCGUCCAGGCCAUUGUGACCGGCAAGGGCCCCAUCCAGAACCUGGACGACCACCUGUCCAACCCUGGUGUGAACAACGCCUUCGCCUUCGCCACCAAGUACACUCCCUCGGCGUAAAGCGAUUGCGGUUUGUUGCUGGGGCUCGUAGCCCAAAACCGAGGUGCUUGAGAGAAGAGUACAUACUACAUUGAGUUUUGAGGGUUUGAAGUGUUGGCCCACGCCUGUGCCUGAAUGUUUUGGCUGGGCUAGCGUUGUAUCAUACGUGAGGCCUUCUGGAUGUACCACGGAUAGGGCCCACGGUGUAUUCCAUACCACCGUGUACGACACCGUUAGCGAAUGGUGGGCGCCGCCACCGGGUUUUGUUCACAACAGCAGGGCAGAAGACAGUGUGCCAUGCGUGCUACUCGAUUAACGUGAGAGAGCUGGUGGUGCUUUCCCUUCAGACCUGCCGAUCGUGACUCGCCGCAAAGCCUGCAGUUGUGUCCAGAACCAUAUGUAACCGGCUACGCAGCGCUUCUAGUCACUGCCUGUGCAUGGGUUCAUGGGAAGCGGGGUCAUGGAGUCAACGGCACAAAAAGGCGGGGCUUCACCGCACAUCACCGAAGGUCGCUUGAUGGCGCACGACCCUGCCAUACUCAGCAUCUUCAUUAUUGUGCCGUACGUAGUCUGCUGCGGGAGUUGCAGUGCUUCGUUCCACCACGUCAUGCAGACACUGCACGUGCACGUAUACACUCACGCUGUGCGUGUGCGUGUGCUUGGCUAGACUACACCGCAUGUGCGUGCGAUGGGAUAGGGCGAACGGCGUUGCUUCACCUACCCGCACAAGCAUGGCGUAGAAGUCAAUCUGUCAAUUUGGCGCGGCCUGGCCAGCAGGCCUGGCAAGCCGAAGUCCGAGGGGGAUGCAGUCGAAACGGCAGUAGCGCGGUUACAGCCACAGCAGCGGUGACCUUAGCGGUGAAGUCGGCGGGGGAGGGUGGGUCUGGUCGAUCGUUUCCAAGGAUGGGAUCCCAGCAUCCCGCGCGUGUCAUAUGCCAUAUGAUAAACUUUCACAGCCACGCUCCUACACCACUCCUUAUCCAGUAUCUGGCCGCUUUUACACGCGCACGCCGAGGCUUGGAGCUUGGAACUGGCGGGGCCGGAGCUAACGCAAUGGGCGCUCUGGCUAGGUCCCCCAGGUGCGCCACCCUGUGCACGGUCUUUUCUUUAGCUGUACUUCCCCGAGCACCCGAGCACUCGGCGCUGAAUCAAAGCGCCAUUAUGUACCCAAUGCCGGUUCCGACCGCAUACGGCUGACUGCUCCGGCACGGACGACAUGCCGAUGAAUGCGCACUCAGGUCGUCGCAAGACGUUCCGACACCUCCUUGCCAGUACCUGCCAUGCACGUGGUAAUAUAUCCACAACAAAUGGCACUUACAGGGCUGGAAGCGCGAAGGUCAGAAGGCCGACAAUAUCAGCGGAAGCAAAGGCAGGAUUACACCGAGACUCGGCUUGCGCUCGCAAACGGUAUACUGUAUUGAAAGGAAAUCAAUCGGCCCUAGGUCACCCGGUCGGUCAUGAUCAUAUGCACCCUCCUCUCCCCUCCUCCUUUCAGGUGGACGGGUACGGUUCAUCUUCCCGUCAAUUUA